GCGACGGCGCAUAAAUCUAUCCAUCAGUAACCCUCUGUGCUUCCUUAUCAAUGAUAACGGAAUGAUAUAAAAUUUGGCACGUUUGGGUCAGUCUGUAGCAAAUCGUUCCGAAAGUUGUUGCAACAAUUUAUUUGAAAAGUGUAAACAGUUUGAAGUGGUGGUGAUUAGCCGGGAGCAGCCGAUAUUAAACAUAACAGGUUUCGAGCAUCAGAAAUCCAGAUGGAGUCAACAGAGCAUCCUCCCAAGAUGUUCACGUGGAGUGGAAGUCGGAACAGUCAUGGUAUCGAUUACGAGAAGGAUCUUGCUUUCACGCUGUUCGUUGCCGCAUCCUUAGAGGGGCGCCAAUUCCGGCUGGCAACGGAAAUGAAUGUUGCCGGUAAGUUUGACGACGCUGUGCUAAUUUUGGACGAUCGGAAGGAAGUAUGGUUUUUCCAAGCCAAGCACAGUCAAUCGUCGGAUGCAAAAAUUGAAUAUAAAGAGUUUUUUCCUGCAAGUCUUGACGAGAACAGCCAAUUCUCGCUGCCGAUGUACAUCCAAUCGUUUCUGAAUGUUUCACAACGAAGUGAGUUCAAGAAUUACGAGAAAAAAUUUAUCAUCUUCAGUAACAAAACAAUUGAUGAAAAUGCUAGAGACAAGCUUGGAGAGGUAAUAGACAUGAAAAGCUAUGCUGUAUGUGACUCGCUGGAAAAGAAAGUGUUUAUUCGAAGUUGUGAACAAUUUGUACCAAAAGCAGAGGAAAUCCAGGGCUUAUUGAACAAGAUUAACGAAUUGCCUGUUGCUAUUAAAGAGGCUAUAAUUGAACUACAGAAGUCAGGAGCAGUAAAAAGCAUUUUGCGAAAAUACACCACUCCUUUGGGAUCGAUAUUGGAAAAAGACGGUGCCGUUCGCUUUUCAGAAACAUUUACAGGAAAUGAGGAUGACAUAAAUCAGCAAUGGCUAUGGAACGAACUACAAGCACAUUUCAUUAACCAGAUCGACACAACUAAACGCCUAUCAGAGGUGGUUUUCAAUAAGAAGAUAGAAAAACGCCUAUUGCAAAAUAAAUCCGCAGAAACAAGUUUUCCUCGGUUCACCGAAGAAUCCGAUUUGAGAAGCUUUUUUGAUGGUCUUGUAAUGUGUACGGAACAGCCUGACACACUUUCCCAGUUGAGAGACAGCAUAACAGAAUUGAUUGUAGGGAAGUGGGUCCAUGAGAAGGACCGUGGCUUGUUUAAAGAUAGAACAAAAUUUCAUGUUAUAUUUGGAAAAGAAUUUGAGAAGUGGCACAUGGUGACAAAUAUGGAAGGAAAUCAGAAACCUUUUUUAAGCAGCUACGAAGGAAACAAGUGUGUUCAGAUGGCUAAGGCGGAAUUGCGCAGAACUUUGCAAAAUAUUACAGAAGCAGAUUUCAGUAACUAUGUGGAACGUAAGUUAGUUUUACAAAAUGGACAGGAAGAGCACUCAGAAGAUGAAUUUAUAUUAAUGCUUGAGCAAUCGUCUGGAAGAAAUAAUUGUUACAUACUAAUAGGAGAACCAGGUAUGGGAAAAACAACGUUCAUGAAGAAAAUCACAUUCGCACUACAAACGGACUACAACAGACACGUGUAUCUCAUUUGCUUGAGUAGAUUAUUUAAAAAUUAUGAGCCAGGAGACGAUAUAUUCACACUUAUAAAAUGCGCUAUUUCAAAAUCGAUCCAACUGUUGGUUAAAGAAAGUUUGGAAUGUUGCCCUCAACAAUGUUUCGUUCUACUUGACGGUUUCGAUGAGAUUGAUAUUUCGCAUCAGUACACAGCCAUUGAGCUUAUCAAGGAAACUUUCUGCAAAAAUAACGUUCGCGUUUUCAUAAGUGGCAGAAAUCACGUGAAAGAAACACUCGAAAAGGAAUUGCAAGUCAAGGCAUCAAAUCUCGCCCCGUUAGUUGAGGAUGAGCAAUUGUUGUUCUUGAGAAAUUGUUGGGACGUCAGUUCUGAAAUAGAUGAGAAAGAUUUUAAUCGAUUUCAAAGAUUUGGUAAACAUUUGCUCAAGGUUUUACAUGACAGUAUUCAAUCUGACUACUUCUGUUUCACCGGCCUUCCUUUGGUGGUUCGAAUGCUUGCCGAAGUCAACAAGAAAAAAUUCGAAAUAUACUGGGAAUCGAUGAAUGGAAAUAUUAACGAAAUAUUAGAUUCAAAGGACAGAUUUAGUUUGUUGCGUUUAUAUGAAAAUUUCAUCAACAUAUCGUUUAACAUAUUGGUAAAGAAAAUAAUUAACGAAGAAGGUUACGCAACAGUUGAUUCGAAAGUUGUGAGAUUUUUCAAAAACAAUUUGGAAAACUUUUAUCGUGCGCACCAGUUGUUGGCUAUUAAACAAUUAAACAUUCCUGAAUUACGAAAAACACUAAGAAAUAAUGAAUCCGUCAAAAUUUUGGAAAACAUGCAAAAUUUCCUGGACGAUAGAGAAAAAUCCUUAUUGAUUAAUGUUUUGAACGAGAAUGAGGUAGAAUUCACUCACUUGUCAUAUGCUGAAUAUUUUCUUUCAAAUUUUUUGUAUGAACAUGUGUCAGAGUGUGAAGCCACAUUGUACAAUGUUUUAAAAAGAUAUCACGUUGUUAGAGCCUUCUUCUUUUUGAUGAUUGAGGAAAAUUGGAAUAAGAGUUCACUGCAAAUUAAUACAAUUAACCAAAUUUGUCACAAUGACACUGGAAUGAUGUAUUUAGCUUGUUCUGAAGGUUACGAAUUAAUUUUAAAGGAGCUCCUGAACUACCAUGAAGCCAAAGUAUUAUUCUGGUCACGCAAAGGUGGCACCCUUCUACAUGCUGCUGUUACUUCAAAGAAAGAAAGCAUUCUAAAGUUAGUUCUCUGUGAACACCAAUUCGGUAAUUGCACUCAUCACGAUGCAAACAAUAAAUCAACGAAAACACAUGAAUUUGAAGUAGACAUAAAUACUGCAGAUUCAUUAGGGGCUUUACCAAUGCAUUACGCUGUAUCUGAUGGGAAUAAACCAUUUGUUAAAAUGCUUGCGCAACAUGGUGCUGAUAAAAAUAUCAAUGCUCAAGAUGACGAAGGAUAUACUCCUCUACAUUAUGCUGCCCGCGUGGGUGAUUGGGAAAUGAUUAAGAUCUUAAUAUCUGAUUAUUCAGCAAAUGCAAAUAUUCGUGAUAUUCUGGGAAAAACAAUCCUGCACAUUGCGGCCGAAAAGAGCUAUUUGAAUAUUGUGACGCUGAUGAUUGAUGAGCUUUCGUGUGAUGUCAAUGCCCAAGACAACGAAGGAAAUACUCCUCUUCAUGUUGCUGUCAUGUAUAGUGCGUGGGAAAUGGUCAAAAUAUUAAUUAACAAAUAUCAUGCAGACCUUAAUAUUGUCAACAAAAACGGACAAACUCUUAUCCAUUUAGUGGCCGCAGAAGGUAAUAUGGAAAUUGUAAAGUUGCUUAUAGAUUUUUAUGCAGCUGAUGUCAAUGCGCAAGACGUUAACGGAAAUACUCCUCUACAUUGUGCUGCUCAUGCGGGUGAUUGUGAAAUGGUCGAGAAGUUAAUUGCUGAUUAUUCAGCAAAAACAAAUAUUCGUAAUAUUCUGGGAAAAACUAUCCUGCAUAUUGCGGUUGAAAAAAGUUAUUUGAAUAUUGUGAAGAUUCUGGUUGAUAAAUUUUCGAGUGAUCUCAAUGCGCAAGAUUACGAAGGAAACACGCCUCUUCAUCUUGCUGCCGAGUAUAGUACGUUGGAAAUGGUCAAGCUGUUAAUUGACAAAGAUUCAGAUUACAAAAUUGCCAACAAAUACGGAAAGACUCUUCUCCAUGCGGCUGUCGAAGGAAAUAAUAAAGAAAUUGUAAAGAUGGUGACAGUGGACCUGUUGUUCGAUGUCAACGCGCAGGACAAGGAAGGGAGAACACCUCUUCAUUAUGCUGUAGCUAAAAACCAGUGGGAUCGUAGUACUUCAGAAUGCAAAGAUAGGGUCACAAUGCUUUUAGAUGACUAUACGGCUGACGUCAAUGCGCAAGAUAUCGAUGGAAAUACUCCUCUUUAUCUUGCUGCUAUGUACAAUAGAUGGGAAGAGGUCCAAAUGUUUAUUGAGAAAUAUUCUGCAGACUUCAAAAUUGCCAAUAAAAAAGGAUCAACUCUUAUCCAUUUGGCGGCCAAAACAGGUCACAUGGAUGUUGUAAAGAUGCUCUUAGAUGACUAUGAUCCUGAUGUCAAUGCGCAAGAUAGCAAAGGGAAUACUCCUCUCCAUCAUGCUGCUGAUAUGGGUAAUUGGGAAAUAGUAGAGAUGUUGAUUGACAAAGAUUCCAAAUAUUGUGCAGACUGCAGAAUUGUCAAUAAACAUGGAUUAACUGUUACUCAUUUGGCAGCCAAGGGAGGCAAUAUGGAAAUUGUAAAAGUGCUUAUAGAAGACUUUGCAGUCGAUGUCAAUGUGCAAGACAACGACGGAAAUACUCUUCUUCAUAUUGCUGCCAGAAAUAAGAGAUGGGAAAUUGUCAACAUGCUAAUCGUCACAUAUUCUGCGAACUACAAAAUAGCUAAUAAACAAGGAUCGAUACUGAUCCAUUUGGCGGCUUCAGGAGGUAACAUUGAAACUGUAAAGAUGCUUAUCGAAAACUAUGUAGCUGAUGCCAAUGCUCAAGAUAACGAUGGAAACACUCCUCUUUUAAUUGCUGCCAGUAAGAAAAAUUGGGAAAUAGUCAAAAUGUUGAUUGUCACAUAUUCUGUGGACUAUCAAAUAGUCAAUAUAUAUGGAACUUCAAUUAUACAUUUGGCUGCCAAGGCAGGUAAUACAGAAAUUGUAAAGAUGCUUAUCGAGGAUCAUGCGGCUAAUGUCAAUGUGCAAGACAACGAUGGAAACACGCCUCCUCUACUCGCUGCCAAAUACAAAAGAUGGAAAAUAGUCAAAUUAUUAAUAUCCACAUAUUCUGAGGACUACAAUAUCAGCAAUCAAUGUGGAAUAACUCUUAUCCAUUUGGCAGCCAAGGCAGGUAUAAUGGAAAUUGUAAAGUUGCUCAUAGAAGACCAUGCGGCUGAUGUCAAUGUGCAAGACAACGAUGGAAAUACUCCUCUUCAUUAUGCUGGCGAAAACAAUAUGUGGGAAAUGGUCAAAUUGUUGAUAGUAAACUAUAAUGCAAACUUCAAUAUUGCUAACAAGAGCGGCCAAACUCCUUCUCAUGCAGCUGCCUUGUGUGGCCAGUGGGAUUUAGUGGAGAUGAUUCUUGUCGAUUACUCUCUGGAUAUCAACUCCCCAAACGGGUCCGGAAAAACUCUUCUGCAUGUGGCAGCAGAAAAUGACAAUCUGGAAGCUCUACAAAUGCUCAUAAAUGACCACUCGGCAGAUAUCAACUGCCGUGACAUUGAAGGACGGACACCCUCUCAGGUGGCUACCGAGCGAGGUCACUGGAAAAUUGUAGACGUGCUGGCCAGAGCACAAAUCAAGUACCCAAGUACCACACUUGUCACAGAAGAGUCACGGCCGUGCAGGUUUUUGUUGCGCAGAAGUCAGUCUGACUUGCUUCUAACAAAUAAAUACUUACUUGCUAGAAGUAAGUCACAGUGACUUUCGUGCCACAAAAGCUGCGCCGCCGUGACUCUUCUGUGACAAGCGCUACUUGGGGGUAACCACAAGCAUUACAUCAUUACACGAAUUAGACUGAAUAAUCAGCUUUCAAACGCUCAAUGCAGUAAUUGCACACCUCCAGAUUGAAUUUAUGAAUAUAAAUUCACAUCAUUGUGUCAACACACAAUGAUAUAUUUUAAGGUUAUAUAUCAGAUUUACAUAAUGCAACACCGAAAAACAGGACAACUGCAUUGCAGGAAAAUUGAAGGCCAUCAAACAUUACUCCAACAGUUUAUCAAAGUAUAGAGCACUAGUACUUACCCCGUCAUAUUAGAGUUAAAAAAACUUAUGUGGAACAUGAGUGCGGAUAUAUGACAUUUGGUCGAAUGGAAAUUUGGUCGAAACCCAUUGUGUUGAAAAAGAAACAUAUGACAAUUAGUCGAAGGGGACUAUCCUGUUCAUUAAUUAUGGGUGAGGGGGUGGCGUUUGAGAAAUCUUUCGUGCCAUACAAAAAAAAAUGGGUUCCCAUACAAAACAUCUGUCUAGGAGGGGAGGGGGAGUCGAUAAAUCGUGAAAAUUCCCUUACGUAAUAAAUGGACAGCCCGAAUGGAUAAAUCGUCGUAUCGACAUAUGGUUGGAAGACACUGACUGAUGAUAGGAGAUUUCAGUGCAAAUAAUAUUAUGGGUUUCGGUAUCAUAAUUUAUAUGUUACUGAACUUAUAUACGGCUUAAACUCAAAAGAUACUUAGAUGCUGUUCAUAAACCAAGUAGACCAAAUUUUGGCCAUCUCAGACCCCCCCCCCCUCCCCCUAGUGUGGAGUGGACCUGGUGUGAUGGUUAAAUCACGUGCCUAUCACGCCGAGGACCUGGAAUCGAAUCCCACUCCCGGAAAAACUCAUGAAAUGUGAGUUCUUCCUUCGCAAGCGAAAGUAUAACGUGGUUCCCGAGAUGAACUAGCCUAGGGCUAAAAAUCUCGGUGAUACAGAUAAAAAACCCAUCCCCCUCGUAGACUUUCAUCCAAAUAAAUAUUUUUAAAUCUGUAUGAUGCGUAGACUUUGACAAUACAGACCUCCGCUCCUCCUCUCAAAAAGUCUACUUGGUUUAUAAACGGCCCCUUAACUCAAACAGCUCAAAUUGACAAAAGCAAUUAUUCCAACACUUCAUUUUCACUAUUCUGUAUAUCGAAGUGGAUAUUAGGUUAGAUGAGGCUUUAGAUACAUUUUUUUUUAUAACUACUGUUCUUUGAGUGGAACCGUGAUUUCGGGUGAAAUUGAUCAGUGGGGUGAAAUUGAUCGACGAGAGGGCCAUUUUUAUUUGUUAAAAAUAACGCUUUAAACUUCAAACAAUUUGUAAAAAAAAUACCAUCAUCUGGCUCAAGAGCUAUUGAAUGAUGAGUUUACAUGUUUUACAGCCAAUUAGUCACAUAUUUCUGUACAAAAUUAAAUAUUUUCCGAAACUGCCUGUCAAGCGGACUUCGAAGACUAACUUUUGUUACCUUGGCUGUAUCGCAAAUGUAAUGAAUAUUCGAAUGACUGUUUCUAGCUGCCAAGUAUUCGCUAAACCCGAUUUCAUCAUCAAAAGUUCGAUUACUAUUACAAUUUAUGCAUAAAAUUGCACUUUUCCGAAAGUUAUAUCAUAUUUAGUAUGAAAAUUGCAUACUUUCAAGCGUUUUCUUAAGAUUUAUUAAACUUCAAACUUAAAUAAUUUAAAAUUUAGUAAACUAGUAAAAAUUUUGCACAACUUUUCGCAUUUCAGGGUGGUUAAUUUAGGAGGAAAAAAUAUUUUCAGCACUUACAAAAAUAUUUCGCAGACUGGUCAAUUUCACGCCGAUUUUUUUUUUGAUUUUUUUUAUUUAAAAUGAUAUUUUUUGUAAUAAAAUGAUUUGCAGUAGAAUUUUUAACCUCGUUGACUGAGGAAAACCAUGGUCGUAGUUGUUUUAAGGACAAACGUCUUGAAAUCCCGCUUCAACAGUGCAUCAGAACUUCAGACGCACAAAUCUCAAGAAGCAAGCUUCAAACCACAGUGAAUUUUAUUAUUCUGUUCUUGCUCACUUGUAAUAAGCUUAAAAUAAAAAGUUCAGGUGCAUUGGUUUUGUUUACGAAGAGAUUUGUGCUUUCGAAAUCGAGGCCAUUGAGGCGGUCAUUUUGGGAUUCUAACAAGUCUGUCCUUAAAGCAUUAAAUUUAUCCAUAUCGAUAAGUAUUCCAAAAUAAUUCGCCAAAAACUACGAAAAGGGAUCAAUUUCACCUGAAAUCACGGUAGUUGAGAAAAGCAGUAUGUCACCAUCCACAACUUUAAAAAAUCAUAAAAUUGCCUCAACCAAUAGCCUCAUCACCAGUUUAUUAGUUGGCCAUUUAAGAAAAGGAUUCUCAAGCAGCCACUAUUAGAAAUAAAACCACUUUCUUACACCUAACCCCAACAGUGUAUACUAGUAUCUUACUGUUACCAGGAGCUCUGAGUGACUGGACCUGUUUAUUCGCAUGGGAUAUCGAUAGAAAAAGCGCAUAAUAGUUCGGAGCUGAUUCGGGAUCUGAAAAGCUUUCCUGAGCAGCAAGAAGGUCUGACACGCAAGUUCAAUGGUUACUGCGUUUUCGUUCAAAAACUGAACGUGUUUGAUUUAUUUUUGGCUCGCGUUUAGUUCAAACGCAACACUGCAUGAAAGAAAAGCUUAUGCUUAAAAGAAGGAAGAAUAUCUGAUGAAGAAUCAGCAGCUUCAAUAAUCUGAAAAUGGUAAAAUUAUAAAACUUGAAAGAAAACAUUAGAACGGAAGAACUGCAUGUGCUUAAAGAAGAAAUUUCUGAGGCAAGAUUGAGCAUUUGGUACAGGAAAGCGCAAUGAAAUUAAUAAACGUGAAAGAACAGUCCUUGUUCAAAAGAAGGAAAAAUAUACAUAAUAAAAAGAUGAAUACAAAGAAGGCUAAAAAAAUUGAUAAAAAAUCACUUCGUAAUUCCCAUUCUCAGCCCAACAAACAAAUUUGAAGAGCAGCAUAUGCUAAAAAAUAAUGAAACUUAAAGGAUGAGCCAAGAUUAAAAAUAAGGAGAAAUAAGGAGAACAAUGCCAACGAAAACCACACCUGGGAAACAAGUUGCCAUAUGAAUGGCAAUAAUAAACACCCUUGAAUGGAAUAUUCGUUUAUUAAUAUGCCAUAUUCUUAAACACGAUUUAAUUGCUAUACGACUUAACGUUCAUUUAACCAAACGUACUUCCAACCAAAUGUCGUGAAAUAGGCAAUCUAAAAUUAACUUUCGACCAAUUGCCCUGAAGCCCAUGUGUUAUACUCGGGUGUGCCCGACGUAAGAUUAUUAUGGGUUUUUUGGAAAAUAUUUUAAACUAGUUGAUUAGACUAGAUAUAGCAUAAAACAUGUUAUUGUGCGUUUUUAAAUUUUUGGAACUCUGCCGUUUUUCGUUCACUCAUUUUUAAGGUACUUCCCAUUGGCCGAUUUUUCGGAAUAUAGCUCGAAUCGAACCGUAAUUUUACCACAGUGUUUGCUAUUCAUCGGGGCCAGUACGGGUGGAACUGGCCGUAUACAAAACUGGACCAAGCCCCAUCAUGCGACACAUCAAACUGCGGCGAUUUUUGUAACCUUUAGUUUGGUUGACGGAUUUUAUGCGAAAAUGAACACUGGAGACCAGAAAUUCCACGAUGUCUGCCCAAAAUUCAAGAUGGCAGCUUAAUAUUCAAGUUGGCGACUCCAAAUUUAAGAUGGGACUGUUAAAUGGAUUUCCAGCCUAUGUAUAAAACAUAAACCAGAGAAGACGAUUCAGUAUUAUCUUAAGUUAAAAAACUUGUUAAGAAACUCAUAUUCAGUUAUAUAGUCAAGCUUGUACUAAUUGAGUGGAAAAAAGAUCACGACAAACGAUCAAAUCUGGCUAUACAUGUCAAUGGUUGCUCCUCCGUGAUUGAUCUGAGCUAGUACCAAUUGCACUGAGAUCCAGUGCUGCAAUU